UGGCCAUCGUGCGCACACGGAUUUGAAACUUUCAGGUAUGUCAGGUGGAAAAAAUUGUGUAUUUACUUAUUAAUCUGUUCCAGUAGGAAACGCUGGCUAUGCUGCGUACCACGUUUUACAUCCCACAAAAAACAAAACACUAUCACGUAUACACGAUGCGUAGUAAAAAAAAAUCCCUCGGUGAUUCGCAAAUAAUGAACAGAACAUUCUGUUUGGGUUUGAACUAUAAAACUCCUGUGCUGAGUUGUAUGAGGCUUUCGUUUCCAUACUAUGAAUCAAAAUACCUAGCAUGUCAGACUAUGCGCAAUCAUCCACGUAUGAAGAAAGUGUUUGAUUUCAAAGAACAGAGGCAAAAUGCCAACUGCAAUUCUAACAAUUGUUACGGAUUGAAUGAGUAACUAAAGAAGCAGGUUAUUUAAUAGAGGACUGGAAUAUGCUCAUGACAGUUAUACGGAAUCUGUUAUGAUCAUAAAGUAAUCAGUAAAAGUAAAGCUUGAAAAAAAUAUAUAUCAAACCUCAUCGGGUAUAUUCGAAACCUUCUAGCGCGUGGCAGCUAUUGCACGCAAUGAUCUAAUCAUUGCUCAUUUGCAUUAGACUUUUAUUCUUCUUGCUGCAACUUCCGAUACGGAAGUCGGUUAAUCAUCUGGACGAGCGCUAUCAAAACCAACAUGGUCAAAAGUCUUUCUUUUGGGUAUUUUUACACUGAACUCCAUUUUUCCGCAUUAGGUCAUUUACGGUGAAUCAAUUCCGGAACAGGAAGCAUCAUCCAGCUUUCGAGAUUGCUCCUUUUGUUACGGUUGUUUUCCCGCAUUUUCACGGAAAGCUUUGCCUCUUGCCUCUGGCCAGCCCCGGAGAUGAUGAGACGCUCCCAGAAAAAUGUUUUUAUUUUUCAUGUUGGUUGCACAACCCUUGCCCUAUCUUACACAAGUGGAGUAGUAAAGGGUUAGGUAACGAAAUGAAAAAAAAACAAUUGAAGGUCGAAAUGGGUUAGCAGAAACGUCAGCAUUUCUGCCAGCAUGACGUAAUGCUACAAGAUUGCUCUAAAGUUAUUGUCGUGCUGUGAAAUGUGAUAUUUACAUAGUGAAACAUAGACGUCGAAGAAACUUCUCAGCCACAUAGCCUUCCCAGCAUUGUUCACCUUGUAAAGCAGUUGAAAAUGUCGUUACCGAAUCCGAAAUACAAGAAGGAAAACUACAUACGGCGCUUGAACACCUAGUAGAAAAGUAAGUUCUUUUAUGUCAUUAAACAGAUAGGGCCAUUAGAUGUUUUCUCGUUACCGGCCGUGCAUUACAUUCAUGUAUUAUUAUGCAUUACAAGUCACUGUCGUGACUCAUCUAGCACGCUGCCCAACAGUCAUACCACCUUUAAGACACCCACUUGAGAAAAUCGAUACGUUCUUUAACUAAAUCAGCACGUUUCUUCAAAUCCAAAUCUCACGUUCUGUCAAAGUGCCUUAAAUUGCCAUUGGAAAUUUGCGUUAGUCUUGACUUGAGAGCCAGCACAUACACUUGUUCCUGUAGCCUUAAAAAGCAACGUAAACAUGGCCAACGAAAUCUUCAUGUUGAGCUUGGCUAUUACAGCAGCUUUGUCUGUGACGGACUCUGCGGAAAUCAAGCCGAAUAGGCUACUCAACACCCUUUACGAGAAAUCGUUUCAAGAUCGUAAGUAUUGCUUCCAUCAGUUCAAAGACCAACUUUCUGGAUUUCUCCAGGAAGUUACGCCUCCCGAAAAAGCGAACCGUACCGCCAUUCAUCGUAUUGGAAAAGAGUCAGCAGAGAUCAUCGAUAGAAAAGUAAAAGCCAUGAUGGGUAAUUGCAGUGGAGCUUCUCUUCAAGUUUCACCGUUCGUCGUGACACACAUGAACAAAGAUGGAAGGAAUUUUUAUGUUGAGCAAAUCGUUAUUCAAAAAAUUUUAAUAAAGCCCAUCUUAAUUGUGGAUCGAAUUGACGUCAGUGUAAUGCAAGUUCUUGCGGUUAGAAUCAAUGAAACGAUGCACGACAAGCUGAGAAUCGAAAUAACCAAUGAAAAGCUAUCGAAGGAGCCGAACGCUCUCGAAAUUGAAAUACGGAGGCUGGAGGCAGAGUUACGAAACGCGACCGCCGACCGAGAUGCUCAGGCAGCUGAGGGGAAAAUACAUCACGACGCUUUCAUGGAAGUCGACAAGGUGUUGCAGAUUGAGAAGCGCAAGUUCAACGAAUUAAAGGAUAUAGUUGAUUACAUUAUACGUAACGCUUGUGGAUGUCAGAAUUGUAAGGCUAACCAAAUUCCGAAUUGGACUAGCUUUUUGGCAAGUAAACCGCCUACAAGGCCUAACUAAUUAGGCUACACACCACUCGGCGGCUACGAGGUUCUA